CUCCUGACCUUGUGAUCUGCCCGCCUCGGCCUCCCAAAGUGCUGGGAUUACAGGCGUGAACCACUCUGCCUGACCUGGAAAGGUCUGUUUCUUAGUAGAAUCCCACUCUUUACCUACCACAAAUCUAGUAACAUCCUGUUAGAUUAAUGCCACAAACAUUUUGUUGAGCUCCUAUUCUAUGUGUUAGAUAUGAGGCAUUCUAAAAUGGAAAACCCAAUCCUAGCCUUAAAAUAGUUAAAUGUCUGUUGAUAAUUAGAUAAUUUAACACCCAUAGCAUACUAAAGUAACUAUUGUGAAAGUGUAGAUGAAAGAAAAAUUAAGUUUGCCUUGGUAAGCCAAGGACCUCUUCUAACAUUAUAAUUAGCAUUUGAGCUGAGACUUAAAGGGUGGUUAGGGUUGCCAGGGUGGACAGGAAGUACCAGGGCCUGUGGCACUUACCAUGUUCUGCUCAGUGUAACUCAGGAGCGUGGUUGGGUUUAAGAAUGUGGUGAGGAAACUGGGCAGUAGGGCCAUGUAAUGCAAAGAAGCUUAGAUUUUAUUCUGAAUAGGAUGGGGAGCCAUUGAAGAAUGUGAUACAAUCAGUUUUCUGUAUUAGAAGGAGUCUAGACUAGAGAGGAAUGAGGACAAAGGCAGAGCAGUCUUGGUAACCCCGUGGUUGAAAGAGAUACUGGGGGCCAAAUUAGGGCAUUUGGGGGAUAAAGAUGAGGUGGAAAACAUCAAAAGAUAUUUAGGAAACAGAUUGGAUGGGUUUGAGGGGGCUUGAUUAGAUUGGGGGUAAUUUAGGUUAGGGGCAUAGGCCCUGGAGUCAGGCAGACCUGGGCUCAAAUCCUGACUCUGUCACUUCUUAAAGGAAUGGCUCUGGACAAUUAACCCAAAUCUCAGCUUCUUCACCUAUAAAAUAGGGAGAGUAAUUCCUGCUUUAUAAGACCCUUAAGAAGAUUUGAUAAGAUACAUGCAAAGCUCUUGCAUGUUGAGUAAACAUAUGGAAGCUACUUUUGUUUUUGUGAGGAUGACUCCCAGGUAUCUAUCUGAUUUAGGCACCUGGGUUGGUUCCAUUCACCAAGUAGGGAAUGCAGGAAGGGGAGAGCUGGUGUGGAGUGGAGGAGGGUCAAGGCAGGAGCUCACCUGGGGACUUGUGGAAGUAUUUACUAGGAAUUUCAAGUGCAGAAGGGACACCUGGCCUGGAGAUAGAGAUGUGGGAAUUAUUUUAGUAGACCUAGGUUCAUGCCCUUGAAUGAGAUGUUCUUGAGUUCAGGGAGCAGGAAAGGGCAUAUAGAGUGUAUCAAUUUGCUAGGUUCGUCAUUAACAAAGUAGCACAGACUGGGUGGUUUAAAUGUUUAAAUGACAGGAAUAUAUUUUCUCACAGGUCUGGAGGUAGACGUUGAAGAUGCAGGUGUCACCAGGUCUGCUACUACCAGCUAGUCCAAGCCACCACCAACUCUGCCAUGGAACCUUUUAAUUGGACUCCCUCCUUCCAUUCUUGUCCUUUCUAGAGAAAUCUUAAACGAAAAACAAGUCAUACUGUGUCAUUGCCUGAUUGAAACCCUCAGCAUCUUCUCAUUACACUUUGAGUAAAAUCCAGACUCCCUACCAUACCUGCAAAACCUGCACGAUGAAGACCCUGCCCUCUUGACUGGCCUCCUCUUCCACACCUCAUUCACGGCCUGCUUUCGGCUUCUUGAAGAUACGGAGGCUGUGGCUGCCCCAGGGCCUUGGACAACUUGCCUUUGCUGAUUUUGAAGAGAGUUGUGCUAUGAUGUGGCAAAAGUAUCCAGGAAGCAGGCAGUCAAUUCCUCUGGGAAUAAAGGUCCUUUUCGGCGGUGUGUUCGGUACUGGGAGCUUUGCCCUUGUGUAUUACCUCAUACAAAAGUUUCAUUCCAGGAGUUUAUAUUACAAGUUGGCAGUGGAGCAGCUGCAGAGCCAUCCCGAGGCACAGGAAGCUCUGGGCCCUCCUCUCAACAUCCAUUAUCUCAAGCUCACCGAUAGGGAAAACUUCGUGGACGUCGCUGAUGCCAAGAUUGGUGAUGUCCAGGGACUGGCUACAGUGAGCCACCUUUAUGAGAGAGACACAGCCACACUGGUGUGCAGUGGUGAGAGCAUGAACCAGAGGUGUGGCCUGGAGAAGCAAAAGAUGGAUGUGAAGGCAUCGUGGCAUCCAGUUGAAGAUUCCUGUUUCUGGAUCCAAGUCAGAGGGCCUUCUCUACGUCCGCUCCUCCAGAGGUGGCCUCUUUCAGAGGUGGCACCUUGACGAGGUCUUUUUAAAGCUCAAGGAUGGUCAGCAGAUUCCUGUGUUCAAGCUCAGUGGGGAAAACGGUGACGAAGUGAAAAAGAGUAGAGACGACCUAGAAGACCCAGCAGGCCCAGCGUGCUUCUAGUCCAUCCUUCCCUCAUCUCUACCAUAUGCCCACUGGGGUAGUGGCCCAUCUGAGUGGCAGACACUCCUGCAACCCAGUUUUCCAGCCACCAGCGGGAUGAUUGUAUGUGCCAGCACAUGGUAAUUUUGGUAUAAUUCCAACUUGGGCACAACGAAUGCUAUUUGUCAUUUUUAAACUGAAUCCGAAAGAAACCCCUAUUACAAAUUUAAGAUAAUUGAUUUGAAAGUGCUUUGUAUAAAAAAGCAAAUGAUAAAAGGAAUCAGAAUUAAUGAAAUGUUUGUUGAUCUUU